ACAAACAAAGCGCUCACUUUUCAAAACUGGGCCUCUCUUCCCUUUAUAUUCCUAAACUAAAAGACCCUCCACAAUGCUGUUGAUCACUACAAAACUCUUCCACUCUAUAACACCCCAACUAUCUUUCCCAAUCCUUCAUCUCCUUUCCCACCACAACCCCAUAAACCCUAAACCCAAACCCUCCUCCUACUUUCCACCACUUCUUCCCAAAAUGUCCUGGGAAUGCCAAAAGUGCACCUUCCUCAACCCCAAACCCUCCUCAUUUCCCAAACCCAACUGCCAAAUCUGCCUAUCUUCACCACCCCAAUCCCCAUCUUCAUCUUCCUCCUCUGCUCCUAAAUGGGCCUGCAAGGCUUGCACUUUCUUGAACCCUUAUAAACGCUCCACCUGUGAGGUCUGUGACACCAGAGCACCCAUCUCGAGUUUCGAGGAUCUGAGUGAUGAUGUUGAUGAUCAGGUGGGGUCUGUGUUCUUGCCAUUGCAGAGGUGUAAGAGGAAGAGGGUUGAUGAAGAUGAGGGUUUUGGGGGUUUCAAUGGGUUUAAGGGGAGGAGGGUUCAAGACCCAGUUGAGGUUGCUGAGAAAGACCCAGUUCAGGUUGCUAAGGAUUCUGCUGCAUUGUAUGGUUUUGGAGGAGUCAAGGUGUCUGAUCAGAAGAAGACUAAUGUUUCAGAGAGCACUAAUUCAGUUGAGUCUGCAAAGGAUGAUGCCAAAUACAGUUUGUUUCGAGGAGUCAAGGUGACUGAUAAUAAGGUUACUGUACCAGAGAGCACUAGUUCGGGGUCUUCUGGAAUGGGUUCGAAUACACUGAAGGUUUUGACGUACAAUGUUUGGUUCCGAGAAGACCUAGAAAUGCACAAGAGAAUGAAAGCUAUUGGUGACCUUGUCCUGCAGCAUUGCCCAGAUGUCAUUUGCUUUCAGGAGGUUACCCCUGAUAUAUACGACAUCUUUCGACAAUCUAACUGGUGGAAAAUGUAUCAAUGCUCAAUUCCAAAUCAGAUGGAGAUUUCACAGCCUUACUUUUGCAUGCAGUUAAGCAAAUUGCAAGUGAAAGCCUUCAGCUGUAUACCAUUUUCAUACUCUGCGAUGGGGAGAGAACUCUGUGUCGCUGAAGUAGAAGUGCAGGGGAACAAACAUCUUGUUGUUGCCAGUAGCCAUCUUGAGAGCCCUUGCCCAGGCCCUCCAAAAUGGGAUCAGAUGUACAGCAAGGAACGUGUAGAUCAGGCAAAGGAGGCCCUCAACUUCUUAAAGAAAAACCCAAAUGUGAUCUUUUGCGGUGACAUGAACUGGGAUGACAAGUUGGAUGGUCCAGUUCCAUUACCUGACAACUGGAUUGAUGCUUGGGCAAAGUUACAUCCAGGGGAAGAUGGAUUUACGUAUGAUACCAAGUCCAACCAGAUGUUGACGGGUAACAGGUCACUGCGGAAGCGACUAGAUCGAUUCUGUUGCUGUCUGCAAGAUUUCAGGGUGAGCAAAAUUGAAAUGAUCGGGACGAAAGCAAUACCAGGUCUCUCAUAUAUCAAGGAAAAGAAAGUGAAAGGGGAGAUUAAGAAGCUGGAGCUCCCUGUUUUGCCUAGCGAUCAUUAUGGCUUGCUUUUGACAAUCUGUGGCCAGUAAUAGCAGUUUGGUGAAGUGUGAACAUAGAGUUUAUCCUCGUAUUCAUGUUUUUUUU